GACGUCGUACGCAAUAGCUCGUGUUGUCGCCGCAGGGAAAAAUACUACUGAAAAUUUUCUGUAUUCCUAGUUUCGCCACCACAGUCGGCUCCGAAUGAUAAUCUGGCAUUUAUUUUAAGGCGUUACCUCAAAAAUAAUUAGCUUCAUACUUAAUACAGAGACGCUUGCUUUGAAGUUAUGCUGCAGUUUGAAUAUUGUUUUAAUAUUACGGAUUUUUUAAGAUAGGCUUGCUAGGGCCGCCAUGCACAUGCGCUAAGAUGUCAACGAUUUGGAGUCCACGAAUCCGUCAACUUGACCAAAGUAUUUAAGGUAUUCCUUGCACUUGACGCCUAUUCAGCAAUAGACAAUUACUUUCAAUCCAUCCAUCUUCCUUGCUGUUAAUUUCGUAGUCAAAACGGCUAAACAAAUACUUGCGAUCCUAUUACCGGCUUUUCUCCCCAUUCCUAAUUUUAACCUCCACUCCGCUUUUUCACGACUUAAUUAUUCCCAGCCCUGAACCUGACACCGACACCCUCUUAUAAACCUGUCCCCACCCCAUCCCCUUAACCCGGGUCCCAUCAGACCUGCAGCAUUGCCAUGCUGAGCUGUGUGCUGCGUAGGAGCAUGUCUCACAGACUGAGUGUGUUUCUGGUGGUCUUCGGCCUGGCCUGGUGUCUGCUGCUGCUUCACUACACCAUCACACAACCACGGCGCCAGAGCAGCGCAGAGCUCCGCCAACAGAUCCUCGAGCUCAGCCAUCGCUAUGUCAAAGUCCUUAGCGAGGAGAACCAGAACCCUUCAGGGCCCCAUGGCACCUCCAUGGCAGGUUAUGCUGACUUGAAGAGGACAAUUGCUGUGCUGUUAGAUGAUAUUCUCAACCGUUUGGUGAAGUUGGAAGGGAAAGUGGAAGUUGCUGUGAAUGCCUCCAUACAGAACAUCUCCCAUCCUGCUGCUGGUGCUGGCACUCUUCUUGCUGCCAGAGUCACCGUUUCCAGAUCCACCAAACAAAAUAUGUCUGCUCACCGACCAGACAGACGUAGUAACCCUCUGCACUUCCUGCCACAAUCACCUGAAAGAUCACAUAAGCCGCACUCUUUAAAAUAGCAAACUGUGGUCAUGGACAUCAUCUGCGCCACUACAGCAAAGACUGAGAUACAGAGAUAAAUAUAUAUAUAUAUAUGUAUUUUUUAGACUGAAGCAGCUUUUAGACAUCCUUUUUCUGUUGUGCACAUGAGCUUCAGCUUGAUUGUUUUGUCUUGUAUUCAUGGAUCACAAAUAUAUUUUAUAACUUAUGUGCAAUAUGGAAUAUAAGAUAUGAGAGAGUGAUAGGAUGUGUUUUCUAAAUGAAGACUGAUUUUUGAUAUACGGAUGAGUGUUUCAUAAUGAAUCUGUAAAAGACACCAUGUACAGCAUUAUCUCCACAGCUAGCUAACGGUGUGUAGUGCACUUAAUUGGAUUCCAGAGCGAAGAUUUACACGUAGCACCUUUUAAUUGUUAAGACUCCUUGCGUUGCAACGCGAUAGCGAUUGAACUGUGGAGGAAACGAGCUGAUCCAAAGAAUAAUCUCUGAAUAGUUGAUUGAUGGCUGUAUUGCAGGUUGAUUUGUUUAAGGGUGGGGAUAUAUAUACCUCAGUUGCUGUUAGUACAUGAAGCUGAAUCCCAGCAAAACUGAACGCAGCAUUAAUCUUUCAGGAGGAACUGUACCAGACAACACAACUCAAUCCAUACAAUAAAACACGUACAAU